GGUAAAAAUAAACUGGGUAUAAAAAGCUGCAAGCAUUCGCCAUUCACGCCCAGUUAUAAGUAGAAACCAUGGCCGAGGGUGGUGAAAGUUAUACCGCACACGACACUGAGCUUGUCACAAGUAACAGUCAGACGGAGAGUGAAAAUAAAAUGGAUGCAGUUUUUGAUGCUUUACUGGAAAGAACCCGAAGUGAGAGGUUAAAUGAGUUGCGUCAGAUAGAGAAUAAUAACAGACCAGUAACAGGGCAGGAUCACAGAAAUAAUAUUAACCAAUUUAUUAAGAAGAACAUCGAAGUACGAGAGAAUGUCAAUGCCGCCCAAGCAUCUGGAAAAGAAAAUGUCCCUUUUAAUACAAGCAAUGUGGAAGAACACAGACCAGAGGCUGUUGUCAUUGAAAUCCAGGGUCUUUCCCAGCAGCAGAGAGUUUCAAAUACUCUGCAAACAGCAGCUUUUCGUAGACAUUUAGAGAACAUUAUUCGGGGAAGUAUCCGGACAGUUGCACAGAGUCACAGUCCAUCAUCCUCGCACCAGCCCACACCUUCUCCAGUAAAUACACCGGCUAGAGCACAGACGCCUGUUGCAGAUGCUGUAUCUAGUGUUGCCGAGCGACGUGAUAGUGUGUCAAGUAAUAGCACCACUUCCUCUUCUAGCGUAUCAGUAGAUUACAACACUAGAGUGCAAGAUCCUAGAGGGUUACUUGGUGCAGUGUUAAACAAUGGAAUUCCUCCACCACCACCACCAAUGCAGAUGCCUGUUCAAGAAAGACCAGCAAAUGUUGACUGGAAUAUUGUUGAAGACAUGCAGCAAGAGAGUCUUGUGCAGGAAGUCAGUGAACUCGUUCAUCGCAGGCUUGUCACGUCCACACUGGAGGGAGAAUUUCGCAAUGUAUUGGAGCUUCAUAUCAGGAAUCGUGUUGAUGCAACAGGUACAGAUGGACGGAGAGUUCAAGAGUUUAUACGCUCCAUUCCACAAAGUCAACACCACGUUCAGAAUGACUUCUCCAAUAUUGGUAUUCCCCCUCCAGGAGAGAACUGGGAAACAGCCUCUAUCACCAGUAUCAGUGCUACAGCUGUACCUUAUACUCAGACCAACCUUCACAUGAGUAGAGAGAUUGCCUCAUUGAAAGCUCAGCUACAGGAAAUGAAGAAUAUGAUGAAGGUCAGUUUUGACCUCCAGAUGGACAUUCAACGGUCAAUUAGACAGGAAGUGGCAGCAGGCAUUGCUGCAGCAACAGCUGGAAACAAAGACAAUGCAACAGCACCACAGACAACAGUUCGAUCACAACCUGUUAAUGACACACAUUGUUUAAUUUGUCUUGAUAACCACAGUGACUCGGUGCUCUAUCAGUGUGGACAUAUGUGUGUCUGCUACCCAUGUGGUCGACAUCUUAUGGACAGAAAUGCUAAAUGUCCGGUGUGUAGAGCACCUAUCAGAGAUAUCAUCAGAGCAUACAAAUGUAACCAAGACUGAACACUUUAACUACUGUUGCCAUGUCUACAAACAUUACUUUGUUAUCUUGAUGACUUGUGGCAUUAGAUAAUGACGGGUCUUUAUGUCACCAGGCAUUUAUUUUGAAAUGUGCAUUGCCUGCAUUACAAAGGACAGUUCAAAGAAAAAUGCUCAACACUUGUAGGUUUCUUUUAGGAAAAAAAGUGUUUUGUCCAAUGACCUUAUGAGUAAAGGUCAUAUUCCGAAUAUGCUCAAUUACAGGUUAUGAACAUUUUCAAAAUCAGUUGUUUACCUGUAUAUUGACAAAGAAUUAUUAUGAUUGAGGAAAGUUUAAUUGUUACUAGCAAUUCUGUUGACAGUAUUUUGUAAAACUUGACAGAAAAAUUAUUGGGAGUGAAAUGCAGUUAUUUAGAGCUAUAAAUUGGCUAGUAUGUAGUUUAAGGAUUGACAAAUGCAUUUUUUUAAAGGCUGGCAAAUCCUAUUUAUUUGUUAACCUGCCAUGUCCAUUUAUAAAACUGCUGAUUUUCUGCUGCAACUUUUUUUCUGGCGGGGUUGUUAAAACAAAUUUUAAAAGGAAUAUUUUAUAGUUUUGUACAGAGUCUGUAAGUAUAUUAUAUAGAACUGGUUUUCAAACUGAUUAUUAUAUCAUAUCACAUACUAUAAAGCCUUGCACUCGUUCCCCUAGACUUCAGGCAGGUAUGAACAAAUUUUAAUUUUAAUAUUGCAGUCAGUGAAAUUGAGCAUUUUUGUUCAUCCAAGAGUUAUGACAGAAAUAAAGGAUCCUUACAGUAAGAGAUAAGAAUAGUUCAGGGUCAGGUAGUUUUAAUUAUUGAGUAAUUUACAUUGACUUGUUCUGCUGAAAUGGGCAUUUAUUACCCAGAAGUGAGGAAGCAUUAACUUUUGAAAUUAAAAAAAAAGGUGCAUUACAUUUCUCAUAAGUGGGGGAAGCUUUUAUUGCACACUUUUACCAAAUGCUUGUCUCGAAGUCUUUUUGAAAGUUGAAAGUAGUAGCUGCUCAUACCUGUUGAUAAACCCUUUGGAAAUGAAACAGAGCCUUUUAUAACCAUUGUUAACUUUGUUAGUGGCUAAUUUAUACAGUAUUUAUUUACUGUUACUGUGAAGAUGGUACAAUUUGUGGAUGUUUAGUAAAGUCAGGGUCUAAGGCAAUUAUUCAAAAAGUUUGGAGAGCAGUCUCAAAAUACUAGCAUCUGAUUGGUUGUUUCAAAGCACACUUUUGAAAUAAACCAAUGACAAGGCUGCAUUCUGAGAAUGGUAUACAGCCUCAGUUUAUAACUUUAGAACCUGGAUCCAUCUAUAAAGAGGCAUGGUCAUAAUUGUUGUGUACCACCUGUAAAGGCUUGGUCUUCUUUGUUUGUUUUAAUUUUGUAAAUAUAGUUUGAGCUUUCUCACAGCUGGCUGUGAUGUAUAGUCAUGAACUUCAUACAUAUUAUGUUAUGAAUAAAUAUAACAAAAUGAAA